CCGUGGCGAGAGGAUGGGAAAAUUUUCGUUCCUGACUGGCUGUCUCGCGGCCGCUUUGGGGCUGACUAUCGCUCUUGGUCUAGUGAUCCUGUUCGCGACGAGUCACAUGAGGAAUGGCCGGAGUGAUCAUGAGGAAAAGGAUUUACUCACCCUCGAGGAUUUUGAGGAUUAUAUCAUGAAUAAUGUUGAUCCUCAGAGCAUAAGGCAGAUCUUACGUAACCUGACAACCCUCCCCCACCUGGGCGGCACGGCGGAGGAGUGGCAGAUGUCGACACUCAUUUCUGACACCUGGCGCCAGCAGGGCAUGGAUGAGGUCCACAUGGUGCCAUAUGAGGUGCUUCUGUCAUACCCGAGCAAGGAAGUGCCCAAUCUGGUCCGCCUCGUCGACCAAUUUGGCGGCGCGGCGUGGACGUCGGCGGCCAAACAGAAGCCGUUAUAUUCCCCCGAAGAAUCAAAUCCUGACGUUCCUUUCACUUUCAAUGGUUAUGCGGCUCCCGGGAAUGUCACGGGUGACGUGGUUUAUGUAAAUUACGGCCGAUCCCAAGACUUCGAGACUUUGUCUGAAAAAGGAAUUAAUCUCGAGGGGAAGAUCGUGAUCGCUCGCUAUGGAAGGAUCUUCAGGGCGAAUAUUGCCCAGAUGGCAGAGGGCCUGGGCGCCGUCGGCCUCGUCCUCUUCAGCGACCCUUCGGACUUCGCUCCCGAAGGACCCGAGUUCGUGUAUCCUCGAUCCUCCUUCCUGCCGCCGACGGCCGCGCCCUUCGGCACCGUCAAGCUCGUCGACGGCGAUCCACUCACGCCCUUCUACCCCGCCACCAAGAGCGCCUUCCACAUUCCCAUGGCAGACGCACCCAUUCCUACCAUUCCAGUUCAGCCCAUUGGGUAUGAGGACGCUUGGCAGAUCCUCAGCCGGCUAGGUGGUCCCCCUGCCCCAGGGGAGUGGCAAGGCGGUCUAAACAUCACCUACAACCUCGGUCCUGGAUUCUCACGCCCCGGAUGGAAGCUCAACUUGGAUGUCAACAACAACAACACACACACUACAACUUACAAUGUUAUUGGUGUUAUAAAGGGCAGAGUGGAGCCGGACAGAUAUGUGUUACUGGGAAACCAUAUUGAUGCCUGGAUUUUCGGAGGUUUGGACCCCAACUCUGGAACGGCUGCCAUGUUGGAAUUGUCUCGAGUGCUCACCAAUCUCGUUAAGGAAAAAGGCUGGCGUCCGCGCAGAUCCCUGGUGUUCUGCGCGUGGGGCGCCGAGGAAUACGGACUCGUCGGGUCGCUGGAGUGGACGGAGCAGUUCGGCAAGCAGCUGGCGGACAGGGCGGUGGCUUACCUUAAUGUUGACAUGGCGAUUGAAGGCAAUUAUACGCUACGUACUAAGUCUGCGCCGCUGUUGUAUCAGGUCAUAUAUGAGAGCGCCAGGAGGAUUCCGAACCCGGACCCAGAAGAGGCAAAGGCAGGUCGCCUCACCGUCUAUGACACCUGGGCCUUGCGAAAACCCGAUCCCGUGAAGGCGAACUCUCCACUGAUGCAGUUUAUAGGAUCUGGUAGUGAUUAUAAGGGAUUCCAGCACAACCUUGGGAUUCCUUGCAUGGACACGAGGUAUACUCAUAGUGAUCAUACCCUAGGGGAGCCCCAAUACCACACUCUCUACGAAACCUUCGCUCUGGUGGACGAAAUCUACGACAGAGGUUUCCAUUUCCACAAGGCUGUCACCGCUCUCUGGGGGCAUAUUACCCUGAGGCUGUCGGAACCCAAGAUCCUGCCCUUCUCUCUCGACGCCUAUGCCACUUUCCUUUCAAGGGCUUCAGACAACAUUUUAGAGAAAUAUGGGGACCUCAUCAGUUCUCAAAACAUAACAAUGGACUAUUUUACCGCAGCAGUUCAAAAGUUCAAUUCAACAACAGUUGCCUUCAACAACUCGAUUGAGAAACUGGACCUUGAUAACCCAUUAGCAGUCCGACACGUUAACGACCAAUUAAUGAUGGUUGAGAGAGCGUUUAUCGACGCCCGCGGACUUCCUGGUCGCCCGGAUUAUAACCACGUCGUGACGGCGCCGAGCAAGAACGACGCAUACUCCGGCACGGCCUUCGCUGGCCUGUCUGACACCCUGUGCAGCCUGCAGGAAGCGCCGGAUGACCUGCGACCUAACCUGUGGGUGACCUUCUCCCAGCACCUGGCAGCUGUAACCCAUGUCCUGGAAACGGCCAGCAGAGUUUUGACUGAUGACCUGUGGUAGUUUUUUCUCCAUGCGAUUUUUCUCUUUUCUUUCUCUGUUUCUUUUUUACUUUCUCUCUUUCUUUCUCUCUCUAUCUCCCCCCCCCCCCUCUCUCUCUCUCUCUCUCUCCCUCUCUCCCCUACAUUUUCACUCCUGCUUCUCCUCUAUCUCUUCCUCUUUUCCUUUCUGUCUUAUUUUUAGUUCUCUGUCAUUGUUUUCCUUCUCUCCCUUAAUUUUUCCUUUCUAUUCAUAUUUCUGUUCUACAAAUCUUAGUGCUGAUGUUCAUGAUUUUAAGUUUCCCUUUAUGCUAGCCUAGCUUAGUCUCAAAGCUUUUCUUUUGUUUGUUCAUAUUUAUAUGUUUUUCCUCUCUAUAUACUGUUGCCCUACCCUUCCUUCUACCCCCCCCCCACCUUUUUUUUCAAUACUCUUCCCCUUUAUUCUAUGGAAACUAUACUAAAGAUCUACCUUCCCUGGAUCUACCCUCUCUAUGCUAGCCUUUCUCUUAUCUGUCCUCAUCCUUGAUCUCUCCCUACCUUUUCUUUAUCCAAACCCUCAUUUCUAUGUUCCUUUUUAUUUUAAGCAUAAUGAUUAGUAUUUUCCACUAUUUGUGUUCAUUUUAUUACUCCGUGUUAUUCCAUAAAGAUUUGUAUCGUCACUUUCUUUUACUUUUAUUAUUUUUAUCUGUUAUUUUUAAAACUGCAAGUUGAUUUUUUUUUUUUUUUUUUUUUUUUUUUUUGCAGCAACCAUUACCGGUUGCUGUAUAAAUAUUGUAUUUUAAAUAAUUGUUGCAAGAAAGUAGAUGUACGUCUUGUCCCCCUU